AUCGUUGGCUCCAAAUCCUUUCACCCCUCGCGUUUUAUAAUCCGUCCCCAUCCCAAAAUUGACCAAAUGGAACAACACAGAAAUAAACUCCCCUGUGUUGCCAAAAAGCACAGGAUACAAAACACACAAAACAAAAACGCUCAAUUUCCCUAAACAAAAACAAAACCCUAAUUUUGUUACUAAUAAUUCACAUCAGCUCAUCUCCCAAUGCUGGCUUUGCAAACUUCACUACUCAACUUGACUUGCUGAUCACGUCUUUGCUUUUGGUUUUUUUUUUUUGAUCCAUUUUCUAGGGUUUAUAGAUAUGAGGUUGUGAAGUGUGAAGUUGUGUACCUUCCGAAUUUCUCAAUGUCGGACGAUAUGAUCAUCCAUUUCUCCUCCAACUCUUCAAACCACUCCGAUCAGUCUCUACCCACCAAGAUUGCAAAGCUCGAAGCUCGCAUGGUCGGCAGAGACCCCUCGGCCGUGCCGGCCACUUCCACGGCGCCGGCAACCUGGUCGUCUGCCUCUGUCUCCUCCAAGUUCGUGCCUGCCGAAAAUUUGGCCGAAUUGGGGACUUCGAGCGAUUCAGAUGAUGAUAAUGGAGGGGAUUUUCUUAUUCAAGCCAACACUCAGAAGCGCCAGAAACUUCAAGAAGAUGACUCAACUGUUUUUGAACAUGUUGAGGCAGUUGCUGAUGGAAGGCAGAAGAUUGUGGAGACCAUGGAAACCAAGGCUGGCUUUGAUGUAAAUAGGAAAAAACAGGGCCGUGGUAGGGGGCAUGCUGGUUCGGGCAGAGGGCGUGGUUCCAGAGCUAGUGAUCAGACAAGGGCUCAUAUUUCUCCUUCAACCAUUUCGCCUUCAAAUGGUCAGCUUGAGAUCUCAUGUCAUAAGGACAAUAGGUCCAAAGAGCAGUUUGGGAAUGACGAUCGCUCUUCAUUAGAGGAUGUUGCAUCUUUACGUGCAAAGAUUACAGCAUUGGAGGAGGACCUGCAGAAAUCACGUCAAGAGUCCUCUCAUUAUCAACAACUUUGCCACCAGCUUGAAAAGGAAUUGAAGGACCUAAAAGAUCAUGAACAGCAGAUGAAGCCAAAGAGAAUGAAAAUAAUGUCUGAUUUGCUGAUAUCGGUUUCAAAAGCUGAGAGACAAGAAGCAAGGAUGAAAGUACGGCAGGAUUCUUUGAGACUUGGCAAUGUGGGCGUAAUCAGAGCUGGAACUGUCAUAUCUGAGACAUGGGAGGAUGGGCAAACAUUGAAAGAUCUCAAUGCUCAUCUUAGGCAUUUAUUAGAAAUGAAGGAGGCUGUUGAGCGCCAGAGGAAGUCAUUGAAAAAACGACAAUCUGAUAAGGGUGAUGGAAUUGAUGCGGAAACUGGAGUGCAAGAAGAAGAUUUUCUCAUUCAUGAUGAGAUCUAUAAAUCCCGUCUUGCAAGUAUCAAACGUGAGGAAGAAACUUUUCUGCGUGAGAGGGAUCGCUAUGAACUGGACAAGGGAAGGCUUAUACGUGAAAUGAAACGUAUAAGGGAUGAGGAUGGUUCUCGCUUUAACAACUUUCAGAUUCUGAACCACCGAUACGCCCUUCUGAACCUUCUUGGGAAAGGAGGAUUCAGUGAAGUUUACAAGGCUUACGACUUGGUAGAGCAUAGAUACGUUGCAUGUAAGCUCCAUGGUUUGAAUGCCCAGUGGAGUGAAGAGAAGAAGCAAAGUUACAUACGGCAUGCGAUUCGAGAGUAUAACAUUCACAAAACCUUGGUGCACCAUCACAUUGUUCGGCUUUGGGACAUUUUUGAGAUUGACCAUAAUGCGUUCUGCACUGUCCUAGAGUACUGUAGUGGUAAAGAUCUUGAUGCAGUUCUAAAAGCAACACCUAUAUUACCUGAGAGGGAAGCUAGGAUUAUUAUUGUCCAGAUAUUUCAAGGCCUGGUAUACUUGAACAAAAGAACGCAAAAGAUUAUUCAUUAUGAUUUGAAACCAGGGAAUGUUCUAUUUGAUGACCUUGGUGUAGCAAAAGUGACCGACUUUGGUCUUAGCAAGAUAGUGGAGGAUGAUGUUGGAUCCCAGGGAAUGGAACUUACAUCCCAGGGAGCUGGAACAUACUGGUAUUUGCCCCCGGAGUGCUUUGAGCUCAGCAAGACACCUCUCAUAUCAUCAAAGGUAGAUGUUUGGUCAGCUGGUGUUCUAUUUUACCAAAUGCUUUUUGGCAGGCGCCCUUUUGGGCAUGACCAGACCCAAGAGCGGAUACUGCGAGAGGACACCAUUAUCAAUGCUCGCAAGGUGGAAUUCCCAUCAAGACCAGCUGUAUCUAAUGAGGCAAAGGACCUGAUUCGGCGAUGUCUAACAUAUAACCAAGCAGAGAGACCAGAUGUUUUAACCAUUGCUCAAGAUCCAUAUCUCACAUACUCAAAGAAAUGAUAGUGAACACAAAGAAAGAAAGGUAAAAGAAGAGCAACAAUGAGCACAAUGGUAGACAAUCUUCCCUAGAUCAUUUGAGUUGAAGAUCCACUCAAAUGUCCAUUUGAAAUUUUGUAUAGGUUAUCAAGUGUCUGUAAAUUUUUUCACUCCUGCUCUUGUUUACCCAACAAUCUGUGUGUCACCCUCUUUAAUUCUGCUGUUCUUACUCUGUAUUCAUUUUGUAAGGUGCUUCAAAAGAAUAUUCCUUUUUCCUCCAAGAAAAAGAAAAAAGCAAAAAAAAAAAAAAAAAAAAAAAAAGAGAAAAGAAAAAAGGAGGAGAAAGUGGAUUUAAUUUGAUAGAAAGAACAUGUCAGAGAUGGUUAUUUUCUAUGCUUGUUCAAGUAGAUUUUUGGAUGAUGAAUUGCUACCUAAAUAUUAUGGUAUGGCACCAAAUUGGGCUUGCUCCAUGUAAACUCAUUCUCUGGUGCGUGCUUACCUCGAGACUUUUGGGCUCUUUGGGAUUAUGGUCUUACACCUAUGGAUUACUAGGGUCCUCUAUCUAGCAUACCAGUGUGGGAAGUUUGGACCAUAAACCAUUUAUAUAAUUUUGUUUUUGUGUUAA